CUAUUGUCUUCGGCAUCAUCACUAUUUAUCUUUCGGCUAGCGACAGCUUCAAUUGGAGUAAAGUCGAACUUCGUAGGAAGAUCGUUCAUUUUCACUCCCGAUAAAUCGUCAUUAUCAGCUCCAUUACACUCUUGAUGGACAGUCGCCAGAUAACUUUUUUUUCGUAGUACAAUGAAGUUCUGAGAAUCGUACAAUAGUUUCAAUCGUGGAUUUUUAAGUGAUUCAGCGGGAUUUCUGUGCGUCACCGGAUUGGAGGGUUUGAACCAGAGUCGGGGCGCGCCGUGCCGCGUGUCCAUUGGCUGCGGCGGCGGCGCGCGCGCCCCUCCACCCCGUGUGUACACGCUUUUAUCGAUCGUUUCAACACCCCUGACCGUCCCGACAAUCGUGCCGGAGCGGCGUCGCGUCGCCUCGCAGCCAGCCAGAGAGAGAGAGAGCGCGGUGGCUACAGCUCGUCGGCGCACUCCGGGCUAUGGGCGAGUGCGUGAGGACGUGAGGCACCGCAGGAGGCUGGACCCGCGUGUGGAGGAGGCGUAGUAGACCCGUAGUCCCGUAGUGUGUAGCAGUGGCACCGGAUUAGUGAUAGAUAGGACGUAGUAGGCUUUUAUGACCGUUUUUAUAUAAUUUUACACAAAAAAUAAACAAAAAUGGGUGGUUGUGCAUCGAAGAAACAAGAGGAGGAAGCGGCGGCAGCGGCGGCGGCGGCAGCAGCGGCCAAGGAGGGAGAGGAGAAAGCCGAGGGAGAGCAGAAAGCGGAAGGAGAACAGGCGAACGAACAACCGAAAGAUGAAGAGGCGAGAGCAGACACCAUGGUUGACGCCGCGGUGCUGGAGAAGCUGGAGGCCGGCUUCAAGAAGCUGAAGGACUCUGACAGCAAGUCCUUGCUGAAGAAGCACCUCACGCAGGAAAUCUUCGACAAGCUCAAGACCGUCAAAACCCCGUCUUUCGGUUCCACCCUUCUGGAUGUCAUCCAGUCUGGUCUUGAGAAUCAUGACUCUGGAGUUGGUGUGUAUGCUCCUGAUGCUGAGGCCUACAACACCUUUGCUGAUCUGUUCGAUCCCAUAAUUGAGGAAUACCAUGGUGGAUUCAAGAAGACUGACAAGCAUCCCCCCAAGGACUGGGGCGAUGUGGACACCCUUGGCAACCUGGACCCCAACGGUGACUACGUCAUCUCUACCCGUGUGCGCUGUGGUCGCUCCAUGCAAGGCUACCCAUUCAACCCUUGCUUGACUGAGGCUCAGUACAAGGAGAUGGAGGAGAAGGUCUCCAGCACCCUGUCUGGUCUGAGUGGUGAACUGAAGGGUCAGUUCUACCCUCUGACUGGCAUGACCAAGGAAGUGCAGCAGAAGCUCAUUGAUGACCACUUCCUCUUCAAGGAGGGUGACAGGUUCUUGCAGGCUGCUAAUGCUUGCCGCUUCUGGCCCACUGGCCGUGGCAUCUACCACAACGAUGCUAAGACUUUCUUGAUCUGGUGCAAUGAGGAGGAUCACCUCCGUAUCAUCUCCAUGCAGAUGGGUGGUGACCUGGGCCAGGUCUACCGCCGUCUGGUGUCUGCUGUCAAUGACAUUGAGAAGCGCAUCCCCUUCUCCCAUGAUGACCGUCUUGGCUUCCUCACUUUCUGCCCCACCAACUUGGGCACCACUGUGCGUGCCUCUGUGCACAUCAAGGUCCCCAAGCUGGCUGCUAACCGUGCUAAGCUGGAGGAAGUUGCUGGCAAGUACAACCUGCAGGUCCGUGGCACCCGCGGUGAGCACACGGAAGCUGAGGGUGGAGUCUAUGAUAUCUCCAACAGGAGGCGCAUGGGUCUGACUGAAUACCAGGCUGUCAAGGAAAUGAAUGAUGGCAUUGCUGAGCUGAUCAAGAUUGAGAGCUCUCUCUAAAAAGUGGACCAACCAAUUUUCAAAAAAUAUCCAAUCUGCUUCCCAUAUCCUUAUCUUGAAAUUCUGUUUCUUUUCCUUGAGCCUUUGUUCAGUACUGACUGAGCCCUAUUGAUUUCCCCACACUGGAUAUCAAGUGAAGACCAUGGGGAGUAGAAAUGUUGAUCAGUAUUUUGUAAAUUGUUGGUAUUAUUUAUCUUUGCUGCUGGUUAGUUGAAAUAUUCGAUAUUGGCAGUUUAGAAUGAUACUCAUUUCAUGCUUACUUUUCAUUAUCGAAAAGGAAAGUCAUUAGCUGAACAUGCAUUACGACACUUGCACAACUGAGAGAUAUUUUCCUAUGAUUACAGUAGAUGGCAGGUGUGCAUUUCACUUGUAUGAAAGGAAGACUUAGAUGGGAACAAUCAAGAGUAGAGUGAAUACACUUGACCAAUGUUGCUUGUGUGUAGCUGAGGAUUUGGUGAUACUCAAACCUGAGGAAUGAUUGAUCUUGGGGUAAAUGUUUUUCCUUGCUCAUUGAAACACUCGAGAUAAAAAUAUGUGAAUAACACUCCCAUUACACUGAUCACAUAAAAUGCAUAACAUGUGAAAUGUAACUUGUAUGAAUGCUUUUGAAGUUCAGCUAAUUGCAGUGCUUCUAGUCCUGAUUAUACAAAGUUAUAUAUUUUUGCCAGUUCAGCAAAAUUUAAAAACAAUAGGUCAAAUUUGCACAAAACCAUUCCCAAGCAAAAACAGUUGGUAUGGAUUCCACUGUUCCAUUAAAUAAAGUGAAUAAAACAAUGUUGCUACACAUUUUAUGUUUUUUCUUCACCUCAUCCCUGUACUUCUAUAUCAAAAAUAAAGUUUAACUAUGCAGUAUUUAAUUAAAACUGGAUUCUUCAGUGUGCACUUCCUUACAAUGGACGAGACCACAUUGGUAUAAGGUUAUCACUAAAGUGAUGUUACCCCUAUGCCAGUACAUUGAUUAUUCACUAGAUGCAGUGUAGCUUUAGCUGAAAUAGUUCCUUUUAGAUCUGUAGGCUCUCACCAAAUGUGAAUAAUUUUGGUGGCAAACCUUCAUAAGUUCAUGUAUACAUUUGAUAAUUUUCUCGUCUUGCAAAAUCAACCUAGAUUCUCAUCGGUUUACGAAUUUUAAC